CGGAGCACCGACGAUGCUGAGCUGGACCCGCGGGGACUCCAUGGAGCCGGACUCUCUGGACGCCAUGUCGAAGAGCGACAUCCUGCGAGGCAUCAUCGUGGAGAAGCUGAGCACCGCCGCCCGGGAGAUCCUGGCGGUGGUGGAGCGGACGGUGACCGACUACGAGGAGGAGGCGUCGGGCUUCAGGCAGGAGAUCGACCGGCAGCGGAGACAGCUGGAGCUGCUGCAGCCGGAGAUCAAGCAGGAGACAUCCGAUGAGCCGCACGUUUUUCCCGUCGGCGAGACCGGCGCCGGUGAACCGGUGGAGGAGGAGGAGCUGCACAAAUACGAACCAAGUGAGGAGGACAGCGAGAGUCUGGGGAUCGUCUGCUACACCGAGCAGCAGGUGGAGGACGACGAGCACGAGGAUGAAGAGGCGAUCGAGGAGGAUGAAGAUGAGGAGGAGGAGGAGGAGGAGGAGGACGACGACGACGACCGGGCGUCGCUGAGCUCUUCUCCUGAGCAGCUUCACUUCGCCGAGCCGGGUUACGAAGCGGCGCCGAGGUUGUUGAGUUCCACGGUUCAGUCUGACAGGCGGAGCGUGGGCAGACCUCGGAUCAGCAACUCUCAGACCCUCAUCGACCUGAGGAUCCGCAUCCUGGAGGACUCGGACAUCGAUGUUCUGUCAACCGGAGUGUUCCAGAAGUAUCCGGCCCACGAGCUCCAGUGUCCUCGAGGCCUCCGGCAGGACGACUUCCUGCUGCUGCUCCGGUCCUCCUUCCCUCAGCUGGCCGCCGGAGAACCCUUCGACGUCUUCACCACCGACAGGACCAAGAGGCUGCUUCCCCUGGAGGUGAAGAGUCUGACCCCGGAGGAGAUCUACAGAACCAUCAGGUCCAGCGGGAACUCCGCCCUCUACAUCCGGCUGAAGAGGCAGAAGCCGAAGGAGGUGCAGUCAGCCGAGUUCGACCCGUCGCAGAGAGACGCCGCCGCCGCCACCGAGGCUUCGUCCUCCUCAGAUCAAAGCAGGAAACUCUUGAGGAGGAAGCCCGGCAGACCUCGGAUCAGCGACACACAAACCCACAUCCACCUCAGAGUCCGGAUCCUGGAGGCCUCCCAGACCGACGUCCUGUCGGCCAGCGUGUUCCAGAAGUUCCCGGUUCAGGAGCUCCAGUGUCCUCGAGGUCUUCAGGAGUCCGACUUCCUGGACCUGCUCCGGUCCUCCUUCCCUCAGCUGGCCGACGGGGAACCUUUCGAGGUGUUCUCGACGGACAGAACCAGGAGGCUUCAGCCUCUGAACGUAGAGACUCUGACCCCGGAGGAGAUCAGCAGCACCAUCAGGUCUACUGGGAACUCUGCCCUCUACAUCCGGCUGAAGUCUACAGGGGAGCUGCAGCCCAAAGAGGAGGAGGCUCUGCAGAGCAACGACGCUGAAGAUGAUCUGUCCACGCCGACGACCAGCCGACACAUCAGCAGAAUUCAGUCUGACAGGCGGCGGCGUGGAAAGGCUCGGAACCAGGAGUCGGAGUCCCACAUCGAUCUGAAGAUCCGCAUCCUGGAGGACUCCCAGAUCAACGUCAUGUCGCCCAUCGUGUUCCAGAAGUUCCCGGUUCAGGAGCUCCAGUGUCCCCGAGGCCUCCAGGAGUCCGACUUCCUGGACCUGCUCCGGUCCUCCUUCCCUCAGCUGGCCGACGGGGAACCCUUCGACGCCUUCACCACCGAUGGACUGAGGAGACUGCAGCCACUGAAGGUGGACAGUCUGACGCCGGAGGAGAUCCACGGAGCCACCAGGUCCACCGGGGUUCCCGUCCUCUACAUCCGGCUGAAGCGUCCGGCAGAGCUUCAUAGUGAAGAGGCUGCAGCUGAAGAAGCUCCUUCGCUUCCCGACCAAACGGCAGCGAGCAGCCGAGUUCUGCCUGUCAGGAGGAAACGCGGUCGGCCUCGGAGCAAGGACUCGUCCUCCCACGUGGACCUGAGGAUCCGGUUCCUGGACGAGUCUGAGAACGACAUGACGACGCCCGGUGUGUUCCAGAAGUAUCCGGUCCACAAGCUCCAGUGUCCUCGAAGCCUCCAGGAGGACGAGUUCCUGCUGCUGCUCCGGUCCACCUUCCCUCAGCUGGCCGCCGGAGAACCCUUUGACGUCUUCACCACCGACAGGACCAAGAGGCUGCUUCCCCUGGAGGUGGAGAGUCUGACGCCGGAGGACAUCCACCAGGUGAACCGGACCAACCGGAACUCUGCCCUCUUCAUCCGGCCGAAGACACGAGACGACGUGGAGGCCGGACAGAAGAACCUUCUUCCCCCGGAGAGAGACGUCGACGCCGCUGAGGAUCUUCCGUCGUUCUCCGAACAAACCGGCCUGUACCGGAGCAGCCCCGUCCAUCAGCGAGAAACGGGACCCAACGUUCUGUCCAACAGCUUGGCGUCGCAUCCUGAAGACGUGGAGCCGGAGGACGACGGCGAGGAGUCGGCCAACCUCUGGUUUCUGAUGCCGUCCGAGAGCGACGAUGUUUCCGAUGGCGAGGACGACUGGAGGCCGAACACGAGCGACGAGCGCCUGAGGAACGGAGAACCCGACAGGAUGAUGGCGAAGCAGCAGGUCAAGGCCAGGAAGACCAAGCAGGCGGCGGCGGCGUCCCCGCUGACCGACCACAGCGACGCCCAGCUGUCCUGUAAAGUCUGCAAGAUCCUCCGAGGGUCCAUGAACAUGUUGAUCAAACACGCCUGGAGCCACGUGAACGAGCGCGAGCGUCUGUGCGGCGUCUGUGGGCAUCAGUCCGAGUCCACGGAGCAGCUCAGGAGCCACCUGCAGACGCACCAGAAAACUCACAGCUGCAACAUCUGCGGCAAGUCCUUCAUCACCGUGUCCGGCUUCAGGGGCCACAUCGCCCGGCACAAAGGCAACAGGCCCUACAAGUGCAAGAUCUGCCACAAGGCGUUCACCGAGAAGUCGGUGCUGAUGAACCACCGCUGGGUCCACACCAAGGACAAGCCGCACAAGUGCGACGUCUGUCACAAGUCCUACCUGUCGAAGCUGAAGCUCCGAGACCACCGGUCGACGCACACCGGCGGGAAGCUGUACGGCUGCAACGUGUGCGGCAAACGCUUCCGCAGCCUGGACACGCUGUCCGGCCACAUGGUGCUGCACUCGGGCCACACGGCGGUCCGGGAGCGCCGCUGCGUCUGUGAAGUCUGCGGCAAAAGGUUCUCCACAGACAAGAACCUGCGCAUCCACAUGAAGAACCACAGCGAGGACCGACCGUUCGCCUGCAGCAAGUGCAACAAGAGGUUCUCGUUCAAGUCCAACCUGGUGACGCACAUGAGAGUCCACACUGGGGAGAAACCCUACCAGUGCCCCGUCUGCGGGAAGACCUUCAGCCAGAACCACUGCGUGAAGAGACACCUGCUGAAGCACCGCGUGCAGGAGAUGUCGCCCAUCAACGGAGCAGCUUACUAGUGUGACUCACAAAGAUGGCUGACCAUCUUUGUGAGUGACGCCCAUAUUUGGCAGAAACGGGUGCCGCCGUCUUUUUCUGGCGAUUACAACCGGAGUGUGUGCAGCAGUGGCCUACGAGCUAGCCAACAGGGCUAUCGCCAUGCCAACAACGUGACUUCGAUGCGAUACCUGCCUAAAUAUACCAACACUGGGGAUGUCUCAGUUCAGUUUUUAUGCCAUCACUCCGAGCUGUUUAAUUUUUUUUUGUCACUGCUGCUCUUCCUCAAUAAUGCGCAUUUCAGUUAUUGUAGAUUAGCGGUAAUACCUGCCUGCACCACCAGGUGGAGCCUCUCACUGUCACUCAGGCUCCAGGCAGUUCAUGUUGGCACCAGAGAGCAUCGUGGGAGUUUAGCCAGUUAGCCAGUGGCACCAUGACAAAGACUUCUGCGAUGCUCGAUGACCUUAAAUCAAGCUGGGAUCCACUCAGCUAAUGGUUUAUCCCAGUUUCAUUGGUCUGUUCUAUCCCGUCAUGUGUCCGUGGCUAGUAAUACACUACGCUAGCACGGGACAAAUGUCCAGUGUUAUUAAUCGAUAGUGCUGUAUUUAUUAAUGAUCAGGUUUAGGUUCAUGUAAAUACCAAUGCUUGCAAAUGUCCCGACAGAUACUGAAACGACACCACAGCCGAAAUCUAAAGCGUCCGGAAGUGUUUUGUAAUAUCAGAUGACGGAACUCAAAGUUUGUCGUUUUUUAUUGCUCAAAAGAAGACUUGGGGGAGAAUUGGACUCUGAUGUUUUGUUUGCUCUCCAAGUACGUUCACCAGUUACCACGUAUUUAAACGGGAGCAGCAGGUUACAGAAGGAACGUUGGUGUUGAGCUAGCACAUGUGUGAAAGCUGGUGUUUGAACUGAACCAGGGGUCUGUAAGUCCUGAUGACAUCUAACUUGUCGAACUGAGUAACGUUUGGCUUUCAGUGCGAGUCUGAACUCAGUCACGUGAGCAGAAGGUCACACAGCGUUCGUUUGAGUUGUGUUGGAUGAUUUUAGGACUUCUUCCACAUUUCAGAACCUGACGUUGGUCCAAAAGCAUCACAGAGCACAAAAGUCGCAGUUUAAAGACCACAGAACACUUUCCUUGUUCGCUUUACAAACUAAAAUUGACAAAAACUGACACGAAUCGUAAAAGAUUUAACGUAUGUUUGAGCUACACGUUACCACACAGCAGCAGGGGAGUUCUGGUCCUGGUGAUCCUGACAUGGAUCAGGAUCUUAUGGCGGCGUAACUGUGAAGCUUCAGGGUUCAGCGGUUGUGAAUCCCCAGAAUAAGGCGGCGGCGCCAUGUUUCGUCUUGUACAGUCGGAGGAGGUGCGACGCCGGCCGUAGCCACCUGUCUCCCGCCAGGUGUUUGUUCUGGACAACGUUAGGAUCCUCUGAGGUCUUCACAUACCUUCUUCUAACUGACCAAAACUCUGAAACCCAAAGGUUCUUCAGUUUGGACGCAGCUUGAAAACUGACUGAAAGGUGGACCUACAGCUCCUGGACUGUUUCUAGAGACUAACGUUGAGGAGGAACUUUCCAGAUUCAUUCAGUCUUUUUGUUACCUGCUCAGACUGGGUUCUGGUUCUGGUUGGUUGACUUUCAGAAGAAGAAACAUCAGCAGCCCUCCAGGAUUAACCCAUUGUACUUGGACAGCCUUGAACCGGUCCAACCUGAUGGAGACUGUUACAGCAAACUUAUUUAUUCAACACCUCGUGGGGGUCGCCCCAAACCGACCGACGUCGAAGAGACAGCGCGGCGAGUUAAAGACGCAAACUGACUGAAGUUAAACUCAAAAUGGAACAAAAACAACCACAAAGAGACACAAAAUGGGUCAAAUCGUUCCCUAAAAAUAGACAAAA